ACCGACUCCGGAACAGCUCCCACAUCUCCGUGCCAGCAGAAAGCACCAGCGGGAGAUCGCGCUAAGGAGAGCUCGGGAGAAGCCCUGAGCACCGUGGCAGCGGACACUGCAACAGACAGCAUCAUAAAAUCUUAAUCAGGUGAAAAUGGCCCUUAGCAAUCUGACAUCAAAGGCUGUACUAUUGUAUGAUGAAUGGAUUAAAGAUGCCGAUCCAAGACUGGAAGGCUGGCCACUCAUGUCUUCACCUUUUCCAACAACCUUUAUCAUUGGAACCUACAUUUAUUUUGUUACUUCUUUGGGACCCAAACUCAUGGAGAAUAAAAAGCCUUUUGAACUUAGGCAGAUAAUGGUGUUUUAUAAUUUUAGUGUGGUAGCUCUCUCUUUAUAUAUGACUUACGAAUUUCUUAUGUCGGGUUGGGCCACAGGGUACUCAUUCCGUUGUGAUAUCGUUGACUACUCCAGGUCACCUACAGCUUUAAGAAUGGUGCGAACUUGUUGGCUUUACUUCUUUUCCAAGUUCAUUGAAUUAUUGGACACUAUAUUUUUUGUGCUGCGUAAGAAAAACAACCAAGUUACAUUCCUGCAUGUCUUUCAUCAUUCCAUCAUGCCAUGGACCUGGUGGUUUGGAGUCAAGUUUGCUGCAGGUGGUUUGGGAACAUUCCAUGCUUUGUUGAAUUGUAUUGUCCAUGUCAUCAUGUACACUUACUAUGGAAUCUGUUCUUUGGGCCCAGCCUAUCAUAAAUACUUGUGGUGGAAAAAAUACAUGACAACUAUACAGCUUGUCCAGUUUGUUAUGAUUACAGUACAUAUAGCACAAAUCUACAUCAUGGAUGAUUGUCCGUACCAGUAUCCAAUUUUCAUGUUCAUUAUUUGGCUAUAUGGCUCUGUGUUCCUAGUCUUGUUUCUCCACUUCUGGUACCAUGCUUACACAAAGGGACAAAGACUACCAAAGAUGGCAAAAAAUGGGAUCAGCAAAGAUCAGUGAAACAUACACAAUUCUUUGGGUUUAGAGACUAGAGUUUAUGUCAAAAUGGAAACUUGCACUACUUGACAAUCAAGAUAUUUAGGUGCACGCACUACGUGGUGUAUAUUUUGUAUGUUUUCUUCCAAAAUAGAAUUUGUAUUUUUACCAUAAGUUAUUUGGGAUUCAGGAUCUCAGGGGUGGGGGGGAGCAAUAUGGAUCUCUGGUUUAAAAGAAAGGGGGUUAGAAAAAAAGAAAGAAAAAAAAGAAAAAAUGAAAAAAAGAAAACUUAAAGAAAAAAAAAAGUAGAAGAAAAAGGAAAAAAUUAAAAAGAAUAAAGGAGACAUUUUUUUCAACAACAUGUUCAUAUCUAUCCUGUGAGAAACCAAUGGAUAGAUGAUAUCUACCUAGAAGAUGCAUGAAAGUAAAUAUAUUAAUGGAGAACAUUUAAAUGUGUAUGACAAGUACUAAGUACUUUGAACACUGGGGAUAAAAUUACCUUAAGCUGUGUGUUAGUAAAAGAAUGAACCUUCAGUAAGUACUGUUCCUAGAAUCUAAAGCUCAUUAUCAAUAUAGUUAAUACAUAAACAUUGUUAUGUGUUUACAAUCUGUAUUACUUUAAAGAAAGGAAUGUAUGUUAAUCUCUUUAUGAUGUUUCAUUUGAAGAUCAUAGAUCUUUAGAGAUACUGUCUUUUACUGAGAUCAUUAAUUUUGUGUUCUACUGGUUUGAACAUUAUCCUAAAUGCCAGAAAAAUACUAAUUUGGGGAUCAUGUGAUCAGUUUUGUAGUGUAACGAUCAAAAUGUCUUAACUGAUUUGUUCACCAAAGUAGCCUAAUAUAGCUUUUAUUCAAGGUAUCUAUGGAUAUAUUUUGAUAAUGGUAGCUGGGCUGUUUACGGGUGGGGGCAAAGUUUAAAGGAAUCUGUAAUUCAGUAGCCAAAAUCUUAGUCAUCCAAUUUUACAAAAAAAUAUUAAAAUAAUAUUUUUUGAUUGAGGUCCAUAUGUCACUCAGCAUGAUUAUACUGUGCUCUACUUUCUUCUGUUUUCAUUAUAUGUUGAAAUACAUGCCUAGAAAGA